CCCUCCACUCCUGUUGCGCAAGGUGGUCUAUUGACAUCGAUUUCCGAGACUUGGCAUAAAUAACUCCUGCCUCCACGUGGUCCAACUUCGAUGCCAUCUUAAAAAUCUCCCACAGAAAUAAUAAUAAAACACCUGCCAGUUGGUUCUCUCCUCCACCUCCCUCUCUCCCUCCACUGUGGAGAUUUGGACCAUAUCCCCAACCCUGUUUUGCCCCUCGGAGGAACAAAGGGGAGGGUAAGCAAGAAGGGAAUCCCGGAAAGCCAAGAUCCGUUUCGGUGAAGAGAGAAAAGAGGAGGACUCAGGGAAAGGAGGAGGGGGGAAGACGAGAGAAUAUGGGAGACAAACGGGUGGCGGUGGCGGUGGCGGUGGCGGGGGUGGGUGCGGGGGAUGACUUGGGGGAAGGGAUGCAGUGCAGCGACCAUCCGUACCGGAACAACCCCGGCGGGAUAUGCGCCUUCUGCCUCCAGGAGAAGCUCGGCAAGCUCGUCUCCUCCUCCAAAUCCAGCCCCUUCUUCGCCCCUCCCCCUUCAACCUCCUCCUCCUCCUCCCCCACCUCCUUCCGCUCCGACGGCCUGGGCUUCGGCUUCGGGGCCGGCGCUGGAGGGCUGCCCGGAUCCGCCUCCUCCGGCCUCGCUCGAACCGGUGCUGGCGGUGGGAGCCGGACCAGGAUCCCCUUCCUUGCAGCCGCACACAAGAAGAAGAAGAGCAGCAGCUACGUCGGCAGCGGCAGCAGCAGGAAGGUGAUGGCGUCCAGCACCACCAUCACCUCAUCGUCGUCCUCCUCCUCCUCCUCGGCGGUCAACAACCUUCUCACCUUGAAGAGGAGCAAAUCCGUGGCUCCGAGGCCAGUUGGGGGACUCUCAACGGAGGGAGGUAGUGGCAUUGUGGACGCCGUGGACAGCCCCCGGAAGAAGAGCUUCUGGUCCUUCCUCUACCUCUCCUCCUCCUCGUCCACCUCCACUUCCUCCUCCUCGGCCAACAACAACGGGAGCAGCAGCAGCAGCAACAGCAACAGGAGGAGGUCCACCUCCUCCUCUUCAGGUGGCGGCAGAGGGGACAGGGGAGACGGCAAGCAGCAGCAGCAGCAGCAGCAGCAGCAGCAGCAGCAGCAGCAGCAGCAGCGGAGUGUAUCAGAUAAAGCGCUAGUUAAGGAGGAGGCGAAGACUCCGAAGCGGGAGCAUGGAGGAGGAGGUGAGGAAGUGGAGAGCCCAAGCGGGAGCCAGACGUCGUCCUCGUUUGGGAGGAAGGUGGCCAGGUCCAGAUCUGUGGGGUGCGGGAGCCGCAGCUUCUCGGGGGACUUUUUCGAGCGCAUCUCCACGGGGUUCGGCGACUGCACCCUCCGCAGAGUCGAGUCCCAUCGGGAGGCCAAGCCCAGGAUGUCGCUCCACGUGGACGAUGUCGACGGCGAGGUCGACGAGCAGCAGCGUAGGUUCAAGGAGCGGGUCAAGUGCGGCGGAUUCUUCGGAGGGUUCGGGAUGAUCUCCUCCUCCUCCUCCUCCUACUGGCUCCCCGCCGACGAUUUCGACGACAGCCGCAGGAUCUCCUCGGCCGCAGCUGCUGCGCACGGCGCCGCCGCACGGGGUGGAGGAGGGGGCACGCCCCAUAGUCGAUCGUGGGCCUGGGCGUGGGCCUUCGCCAGCCCGAUGAGAGCGCUGAGGCCCGCCGCCUCUUCCUCCAGGCCCAGUUAUGCCAUGAAGAACGGUGCCACCGCAACCAAUGUCAUCACGGCCAUCAAUGCCAGCAACGGCAUAAUCAACGGGGCAGCGCUCCCGGCGGCAGCAGCAACAAGUUAGGCCCCAAUCCCUCUCCUUGCUAGCUAGCUGUUGGAAGCCAGCCAUACUGUUUAGUUCUCUUCCUCUUCCCCUUAAUGUUUACAGCUAAAUCAAGUUUGGACUUUUGCUUGUAAUUUCUUGAUUUAACAUCUUCAUUUUGACUGGUUACUUGUAAUUCUGAUUCACCUACAUCUGUUCAUUUUGCUCCCUCGCUUGCUCUGUCUCUUUCUUUCUUUGGUUUUUUUAAAGAUACAUAGUGUUCUAUUUCC